AUGCCUGGAUCAGCGAACUGGACUGCGGACCGAUUUUACAUUCCUGACACCCUGGCUAAUUGGCCUUGGCCGAGAGCCAUCAAUCCCGCGUACGAGGAGUGCAAGGCGGCCUCCGCUGCCUGGUGCGAGAAAUAUGGCGCUUUCUCUGCUCGCGCCCAGAAGGCCUUCAACCUCUGCGACUUCAAUUUAUUGGCCUCUUUGGCGUAUGCUGGCCUCCCUGCAGACGUCAAUCGAGUAGGAUGUGACCUCAUGAACCUAUUUUUUGUCGUCGACGAGCACACAGACGCUAUGGAUGCUCGGUCCGUUCAGGACUGGGUAGACAUCGUCGUGGAUGCCCUCCAUCAUCCUCACACGCCGAGACCUGCGGGUGAACCGAAGGUCGGGGAGAUAGCCCGCACCUUCUGGGAAAAUGGCAUCAAAUGCAUGGGACCCACCGCCCAACGCCGAUUUGUUGAAACAUUCACCACCUACCUUCAGAGUGUCGUGACUCAAGCCCAAGAUCGCGACAAGCAUCUCUUCCGCGAUGUGGACAGCUACAUGGAGGUUCGGCGAGACACCAUCGGAGCCAAGCCCUCGUUCGCCUUGCUUGAGCACGACAUGGAGCUUCCGGACGAUGUCUUCUAUCACCCUCUCCUGGAGAAGUUGAGGGAGUGGGCGAUCGACAUGCUGAUCCUUGGAAAUGACUUGUGCUCCUACAAUGUCGAGCAAUCACGAGGCGACGACGGCCACAACAUCAUCCGACUCGCAAUGCUUCAAGAAAACACCAACGUCCACGGCGCUCUCCGCUUUGUCUCAAAGAUGCACGACGACCUCGCCGAGAAGUUCCUUUCCAACUACCAAGGCAUGCCGUCUUUCACUCCACAAAUCGACGCAUGGGUCACCAGGUACAUCGACGGCCUCGGUAACUGGGUUCGCGCAAACGAUUCAUGGAGCUUCGAGAGUUGGAGGUAUUUCAAGGGAGACGUGUUGCGUGUCCAGGCAGAGCGUUGGGUCGAAUUGCUCCCUCCAGCCCCAAAGGAUGAGCUAACGUCAUCAAUCCCGCCUGAAUCCCGGUGGAUCAAACCUGCGGUCGAGCCUUCGCGUGCGAGGCCAAAUAAUGUCGGUAUCGUGGCACUGGAUACCUACACACCGACUUCAGAGGAUGAUUUCCAGACCUUGGCUGUCAAAACUGUGUCUUCGCUCCUCUCGAAGUACAACAUCAACCCCGUCUCUGUCGGCCGGCUCGACAUCUGUAUUGAGAGGGCUGCAGAUCCUUACAUAAUUUAUGCUCUGCGAGACGCCUUCGCCUCCGCUGGCAACACGGACGUCGAGGCGAUUGUAAGCUCCUCCAAGUCUGUCGUCGGAUUGUUCAACGCAAUAAAUUGGGUCGAGUCAUCGAGCUGGGACGGCCGUUACGCCAUCGUAUUCGCGGGAGAUCUCUCUUCGGGAGUAUCUGCAGCUUUGGUUGGCCCAGACGCGCCCAUAGUCGUGGAACCUACUCGAGGAACCUAUCUCGGCGAUCCCAUCGCAUCAACAGACGAGGCACAGGGGUCAUACAUUGAUUCUCUCUUCCAAUCAUACUCGCAUUAUCGCAAAAAGCACCCCCAGUUCUCCAAGACCUCUGGUGCUCCCAACGGAGCGCACACUCCCACAACAACGAACGGCAGCAUUAAAUCCAACGGAUUCGUCAGUGGAGACACCAACGGCCACGCGAAUGGGAAUGGCCACGUUCAGACCCGUUCGUCCACCCCCUCUUCUUCUUCUUCCUCCACGUCUUCCCCAUCUUUCGACUACAUGAUCCUCCACGACCGCCAUGGCAAGAUUCCCACCGGCGCUGGGUCCAUCUAUCUCGGGCUGGCCUCGCUUAUUACGGAUAUCGCACCGGAGACGCUGGCGGGCAAGAGCAUCGGUGUAUUUGGGUUUGCGAACAGCACCAGCACCUUCUUCGGUAUUCGCGUUGCGGGUGACUGCAGUGUUAUCUGCAAGCAGCUUCAGGCCUAA